CAGGUAGAGAUUAUUGGUGGUGGUUGGGUUCAGAAUGAUGAGGCUGCAUCGCAUUAUGUUGAUAUUGUCGAUCAAAUGACUUUUGGACUGAAGAAACUCGAACAGUUGUUUGGCGAGUGCGGAAAACCAAUGGUGGCAUGGCAGAUCGAUCCGUUCGGGCAUAGUAAAGAACAAGCUAAUCUUUUUGCGUUGAUGGGGUACACAUCACUGUUCUUCGCCCGUCUUCACUAUCUUGAAAAAGAAGACCGUUUGAAAAACAGAAGUCUGGAGUUUAUUUGGAACUGUUCGGAGGAUCUUAAAACUCAAAUAUUUACCGGAGCAUUCUAUCGAAACGAUUACGGGCCACCAAAUGGUUUCUGUUUUGAUGCCCUUUGCCGUGAUGAUCCAAUUAUGGAUAAUCCGGAUUUGGAAGAGUAUAAUCUUGACGAGAAAAUUUCGUCUUUUGUAACCAAUCAACUAUGCACCGCCCAUCAUUUUCAGACCAGCCAUGGUGUUCGAGUGUUCUACUCGACCCCGUCAUGUUAUGUGAAAGGUGUUCUCGAGUCACUAUCGGCACGUUUGUUGACGAAAGCUGACGAUUUCUUCCCCUAUGCCUCCUCGAAUCAUUCCUACUGGACUGGAUAUUUCACGAGUCGACCCACACUGAAAGGAAUGAUCAGAGAAGCGAGCUCUCUUAUGCAGCUUUGCAAGCAACUUGACGCAUUGGCUGAUCUCGGACCUGAAGACGACUCCGAUAUUGAGAUUAUGGCACGAGCUUCAGCACUUGCUCAACAUCACGACGCAGUCACUGGCACUGCUAAAGAAAACGUCACCAAGGAUUAUGAGAAGCGUCUUCAUAAGUCAAUACUAGAGGGAGAGGUUAUCAUCAACGACUAUCUCAAAAAGAUUUAUCCGAGAAAAGGUAAAAAGGCUCCAACACACAUCCUUUGCCCACUGCUAAACGAAUCAAUCUGCCAACCACUCAGAAAUCACUCAACAUUCGCGGUAACCGUUUUCAACAGCAAUUCGCGCCAGUUCUCAGGACUCGUGAAAAUACCGUACUAUUCAAAGCUUUCGAUGGUUAUGAACCCAAAAGGAGGUCGAGUAUCGGUACAGCUCAUGAAGACGUUCCAAGUCAGUUCACUCAACUCACACCAUAAAGCUCCAUUUGAAUUGGUAAUACCCGUGGAAGUAGGACCGCUCGGCUAUGCAACAUACAUUGUCGACAAUUCAACGUCAGUUCGCAGCACAAUUCCACUUACGACAGUUCGAAUCACUUCCAGAAUGAUUACCGAUCAACGAGUUUCUAUAGAAAAUGAGGAGCUCGUACUAUCCUUUGAUGAAAACGGACUACUAGCAAUUUUUGAAGAAAAGCGAACAAACACGAGUUAUGAGUUCCGUCAAGAGUUCUUCUAUUAUCGAGCUUAUGUCUUUCGACCUGAUGGUGAAGCCCUUUCUGUGGGAAAAGCACAGCUGGAAGUGGUGAAGGGUCCGUUAGUAGAAGAAGUCCGGCAAACGUUCAAUUCGUGGGUGGCACAGAUAAUUCGUCUGAAGAAAGGUGCAAAGCACAUCGAAUUCGACUGGAUAAUUGGUCCGAUACCAAAAGAAAAGUCGAAAAAAUUCAAUCCAUCAUUCAAAUAUGUGGAUAGCGAACCAGUUUCUGGAAAUUAUUAUCCUGUAACUAAUCGAGCGUAUAUAAAUGAUGCCAACAGACAGCUCACUGUGCUCACAGAUCGUUCCGAAGGUGUGACGUCAAUUGAAGGCGGAUUAGAAAUUAUGCUACAUCGACGUUGCUUCGUCGACGAUCAUUGGGGUGUGGAAGAAGCUCUAGAUGAACCCGGUAACGGUGAUGGACUUGUUGCUCGUGGAACGCAUUAUAUCGCAUUAAAACAAAGCCAAGUGAAAUUACUUUGCUUCAGUGAAAUAGCAGACCAUAAAGGAAAGUCGUAUAUUCUUUUCCAGUUCUCAGCAAUGAAACGAUCAUUGCCAGAAUUCGCACAUCUGAUGACGCUAGAGAGAUGGGACAGAAAAAGUCUUCUUCUUCGCCUUGAGCACAUCUUUCAAAGUCAGGAUGACGUUGAGUACAGCAAGCCGAUGAGAGUUGAUCUGACGGAUCUCUUCACUCAGUUCAAAGUUGUUCGUAUGACGGAGCUGAUGUUAGCUGCGAAUCGAAAUAUCAGUUCAUUUGACAGACCGAAUCCUUACCCCAGUAAUUUCGUUAUUACGUUGAAGCCGAUGGAAAUUCGAACAUUCAAACUAGAUGUCGACUGGGCCUGA